AUGGCGGCGGCCGGUAUCGCUGGGCCGGCCGGGAACGUGUUCCCGUUUCGUGACGCCCGCGCCACUCCAGACCCAGUGCUGGAGGCCGGCCCGGUGUCACACGGGCCACUGCCGGUGCCCCUGGUGCUGGACAACGGGUCGUUUCAGAUCCGCGCCGGCUGGGCGUGCCCGGGACCGGACGCGGGCCCGGAGCCGCGGCUCCAGUUCCGCGCCGUGUGCGCUCGCGGGCGUGGCGGGGCUCGGGGCGGGGCGGGUCCGCAGGUGGGUAACGCGCUUGGCAGCUUGGAGCCGCUGCGCUGGAUGCUGCGCUCGCCCUUCGAUCGCAAUGUGCCCGUCAACUUGGAGCUGCAGGAGCUGCUGUUUGACUACAGCUUCCAGCACCUGGGUGUCUCCUCACAGGGCUGUGUUGAUCAUCCCGUAGUUUUGACAGAAGCUGUGUGCAACCCACUAUAUUCACGACAAAUGAUGUCUGAGCUUCUUUUUGAGUGUUAUGGGAUUCCAAAGGUGGCCUACGGAAUAGACAGUCUGUUCAGCUUCUACCACAGUAAACCAAAGAACUUGAUUUCCAGUGGGCUCAUCAUUUCAUCUGGAUACCAGUGUACGCAUAUUUUACCCAUCUUAGAAGGAAGAUUAGAUGCUAAAAAUUGCAAACGCAUCAAUCUGGGAGGAAGCCAAGCAGCUGGCUACCUCCAGCGCCUCCUGCAGCUGAAGUAUCCUGGGCACCUGGCAGCUAUCACGCUCAGCCGCAUGGAGGAGAUCCUGCACGAGCACAGCUACAUCGCUGAGGAUUAUGUGGAAGAAUUGCAGAAAUGGCGGUGCCCUGACUACUAUGAAAACAAUGUCCACAAGAUGCAGCUCCCAUUUUCCAGCAAGCUUCUGGGCAGCACGCUGACCGCUGAGGAGAAGCAGGAGCGGCGGCAGCAGCAGCUGCGGCGGCUGCAGGAGCUCAAUGCCCGGCGGCGGGAGGAGAAGCUGCAGCUUGAUCAGGAGCGCCUGGACCGACUGCUGUAUGUGCAGGAACUGCUCGAGGACGGCCAGAUGGAUCAGUUUCACAAAGCUCUGAUAGAGCUGAACAUGGACUCCCCGGAAGAGCUGCAGUCCUACAUUCACAAGCUCAGUUCGGCCGUGGAGCAAGCCAAGCAGAAAAUCCUCCAGUCAGAAGUCACCCUCGAGGUGGAUGUGGUGGACAACAAGCCUGAGACCCCGGACGCGGAGCCCCUAGACCCGUCUCUGGAGGACGUGGAAAGCAUCAAUGAUUUUGAACCCCUGUUUUCGGAGGAGACACCCGAAGUGGAGAAGCCGGUCCCCACUGUCCAGCCCGUGUUUAACUUGGCAGCCUAUCAUCAGCUGUUUGUUGGGACAGAAAGAAUUCGAGCUCCAGAAAUUAUCUUCCAGCCGUCUCUCCUAGGCGAAGAGCAGGCUGGGAUAGCAGAGACCCUUCAGUACAUUCUGGACAGGUACCCAAAGGACGUUCAGGAGAUGCUGGUUCAGAACGUUUUCCUCACCGGUGGGAACGUGAUGUAUCCGGGGAUGAAAGUUAGAAUCGAGAAGGAACUGUUGGCGAUGAGACCCUUUCAGUCAUCUUUUCAGGUUCAGCUUGCCUCUAACCCCGUGCUGGACGCCUGGUAUGGUGCUCGUGACUGGGCCUUGGACCACCUUGAAGACGAUGACGUCUGGAUCACCAGGAAAGAAUAUGAAGAGAAGGGAGGAGAGUACCUCAAGGAGCACAGUGCCUCCAACAUCUACGUCCCCAUCCACCUGCCAAAGCAGGCGUCACGCUCCUCAGAAGCCCAGGCGGCGGGCAAAGGCUCAGGGGCCGGUGGAGGGGGUGCUGGCGAGCAGGCGUAACAGAGGGGCCCCUCUCGGAUCUGGGCCACGUCGGCCAGUGUGACAGGACAGGGGCUGUGCCAGAUGUGUGGCCCAAGUCUGUGGUAACUUUGGGCUGCAAGAUGGAUUUCUCCUGGGGAGAACAGUUACGGGACACGGGGAGUUACCCUGUAAAACUUACCCUUCAUAUGGGGCUUCUGCGGUGAGGAAACUUUCUGUGACCUUCCGGUGUCUUUGUUGGACCAAGGUGAGCUGUGGUGUCUGCUUUCUACCGCAGUUAAUGGAGACAGAGUGGAGGACAGCAGUGUCCUUAUUUCUCACUGCAUUUUAAAACCCUUUUUGUUUUUUAAAAAAACUGUUUAAAAUUUAUAUUGUCAGUGUAGAUCUUCUACAUUUACUCAGAAAUUGUGUGAACACCCAGCAGGUGGAGGUCUUUCACACACAUAUAAAAAGGUAAUGAUUCUGUAAUAAGACCAGUGCCCCACAAAAC